CGGCGAUCACCCGCGCCGGUCCGGCGGCCGCGGCGCCCGCGCUCGCCGGCGCCCCAUGGGGUCACAGAGUCUGUAGAAGAGGCACCACCAGGAUUCCCCAAUGAACAACCGAAAGGAAGAUAUGGAGAUCGCAUCCCACUACCGGCACCUGCUGCGUGAGCUCAACGAGCAGAGGCAGCACGGAGUGCUGUGUGAUGCCUGUGUCGUUGUGGAGGGCAAGGUCUUCAAGGCCCACAAGAACGUCCUGCUUGGGAGCAGCCGCUACUUCAAGACGCUCUACUGCCAGGUGCAGAAGACAUCUGACCAGGCCACAGUCACCCACUUGGACAUCGUCACUGCCCAGGGCUUCAAGGCCAUCAUCGACUUCAUGUAUUCUGCCCACCUGGCCCUCACCAGCAGGAACGUCAUCGAGGUGAUGUCCGCUGCCAGCUUCCUGCAAAUGACGGACAUCGUGCAGGCAUGCCACGACUUUAUCAAGGCCGCACUGGACAUCAGCAUCAAAUCGGAUGCCUCCGACGAACUUGCGGAGUUCGAGAUCGGGGCCUCAUCCAGCAGCAGCACGGAAGCGCUGAUCUCGGCUGUGAUGGCUGGAAGGAGCAUCUCUCCGUGGUUGGCGCGGCGCACGAGUCCCGCCAAUUCUUCCGGAGACUCGGCCAUCGCCAGCUGCCAUGAAGGAGGGAGCAGCUACGGGAAGGAGGAUCAGGAGCCCAAGGCCGAUGGCUCCGAUGAUGUUUCUUCACAGUCGCCGUGGCCUGGGGACAUGGGCUACGGGUCUUUGCACAUCAAGGAGGAAAAGAUUUCACCGUCCCACUACGGAGGGGGUGAGCUGCCUUCUGCCAAGGACUGUGCGAUACGGAACUCUUUCUCAGAGCAGGGUGCCACAGACAGCUGGCAGCCCACGGGCCGAAGGAAGAAUCGGAAAAACAAAGAGACUGUCCGUCACAUCACUCAGCAGGUGGAGGACGACAGCCGGGCCAGCUCCCCGGUGCCCUCGUUCCUUCCAGCACCGGGGUGGCCAUUCAGCAGCCGAGACACAAAUGCAGACCUGACUGUCACCGAAGCCAGCAGCUCGGACAGCCGAGGGGAGAGGGCCGAGCUCUACACACAUGUCGACGAGGGUAUCCUGGGAGGAGAAGCCAGCUACCUGGGCCCGCCCCUCACCCCGGAGAAGGAGGACACGCUCCAGCAGGUGACUGCAGUGGCCAACCUGCGGGCGGCGCUCAUGAGUAAGAACAGCCUGCUGUCUCUCAAGGCCGACGUGCUCGGGGAUGACGGCUCCCUGCUGUUUGAGUACCUGCCCAAAGGUGCCCACUCGCUGUCUCUGAACGAGUUCACAGUGAUCAGGAAGAAGUUCAAGUGCCCGUACUGCAGCUUCUCAGCCAUGCACCAGUGCAUCCUGAAGCGGCACAUGCGCUCGCACACCGGGGAGCGGCCCUACCCCUGCGAGAUCUGCGGGAAGAAGUUCACACGGCGCGAGCACAUGAAGCGGCACACGCUGGUGCACAGCAAGGACAAGAAGUACGUGUGCAAGGUGUGCAGCCGCGUGUUCAUGUCCGCCGCCAGCGUGGGCAUCAGGCAUGGCUCUCGGCGCCACGGUGUGUGUGCUGACUGUGCCGGACGUGGCAUGGGGCCGCUGGACCGUGGUGGUGGCACCGGCGAGGGCUCCCCAGAGGCGCUGUUCCCUGGCGAUGGGCCCUACCUGGAGGACCCCGACGACCCCCGAGGGGAGGGCGAGGAAGAGCUGGGAGAGGACGAGGACGAGGACAUGGCCAAGUGGAAGGACGAUGUGGGCCUGGCCCAGGAGGAUGUGCUGCUGGGGGAUGAUAAGGAUGAUGAGGACUCACCACAGGGGCCCCGCAGCCCCGCAGGGGAACCCGACAAGGACUUUACCUGGAUCUCUUAGGGCCCCACCCGUCCAGGGCGGUGGUGGCCACAUCGCCUUGUGCACCUGUGUGUGCAUCUCACUGGUUCUGCAGUCACCUGGGGACAGAGCCAUGCUGACCCCUCUCACAGCCCCUCUUUCAGGUCCCCCCAUAUUCUGCCUCCCCCUCCCCAGAAACCAGCCCUGUGGGCCAAGAGGCAGGCGCAACCCCAGCGGGGACCAAAUGCAAAGUUGUGAGGUGGGCACAGGGUGGGUUUGAGCAAAGUAAGAGCAUGUGCUCCCAAGUCCUCAGCAGGUGCCUGCAGAUGUGUGGGCGGGGCCAAGCUGUACCUGGGGCGCUUCCUUCAGGACAUCGAAGGAGCUCCCUGCGGCUUCCCUGACUUGGGAUGACAGUCCAGUGACCAGGUCAAGGUCAACAAGUGUGGCCCCGAGGCCACAGGUCUGAGUAUGUUUUGGGUGUUUUGUGUGCACCUGGUGCAGCCAUGGGCACUGCUCAAGCCCACCCUCUUGCCUUCCCCAUCCCUCCUCCCCCUCAGCAGCCAGGUCACUGCCUGUGGCCACCGCAGUGGCCCUUUGCCCUCAUUGGCUCCUGCUGUCCUGUGGUAGCCUGUAGAACACAGGUCCAGUGCAUGGCAAGUCCUGCAACCCUCUUACCUCUGGGCUUUGGUGCUUAACACAACACAGCUACAGAACCCCCACUGGAGCUGAGAGCCCCAGGUGCUAUCUUCAGGUGGAAGCAGCCCAGCUGGGGCUGAGGUGGCUGGGCUCCUCGCAGGCCUUGGCCCCCCAUGUUCCCCACUGCAGGCUCACACCGGGUGUUCUUGGCGAGGCCUCAGCUUCCUGUUCUGUGUGCACUUCCUUGGAGAACCUCGGCCGCCUUGUCUGCUUGGGCUCCACCCAUCUCUCCAUGCCCACGGCCCAGCCCGGCCAUACCUGCUGACCCUCCUGGGCCGGGCUGGAGCCGGGCCCCAGCCGUUGCUGCUGCUAAACACUGGAGGUGGGAGUUCCUAACUGCUGCGCACUGCUUACACCUGAGGGGCAAACAAACUGAUAAGUAGUCAGAGACAUAUCGAGGUAGUUACAUAAAAUUACUUUGGCAUUAUUUUCUCACUUGAUACAAUUAUGUAGGGUUGUUUUUCCUUUGUCGUUGUCCAGCCAUCUUGCCGUAUUUCCAAAGGAGCUCACGACAUGUUCCUUUCCUCCAAGUGAAAGCGCACUGCCUGGCUUUGAGGGUCCGGGGCAGGCAGGCUGCCCAGACUCUCACCUGCCGGCCAGCGUGCUAGCCUGUCCUCUUCUUUGCCGGGGCUGUCUUUGACAGCACUUGAUGCGAAGACAUUCCUUCUGUCACUGCCUCUUUCUGGUACAAGCCCACCGGCACUACGCACUUUGGGUGUUGUGCUUCCACAUGAGAGGUGGAAGUGGGCUGACCUCCACCCUCCCUCGGGGACCCCCCCCCCCCAUGCAAGGACUCCAUGGGGUGCGAAGCUUUAGUAUCCAGCCGAGGGACAGCUUUUAUUUUCUCUUUCCAGGCUGUCAACCAGAGUGGCAUUUACCAGCUUUUCUAUGGUCACGUCUACCCUUUCUAGGGGAAAAAGGAAAAGCCCACAGAAGUGUAACUGAGGUUCAGGCAUUGUGUGAAGCACUGUCCCCUGAUAAUGCACCCCGAGUACCAGCUUCCCUGACCGGCUGCUGCCUGGGGGACCAGGGCCGUGCUGUCCUGCAGGUCCUGUGCCACACGGGAGAAGUCACAGCUUUUGUUUUUGUUUGUUUAAAUCAGCCCCCGCGGGCCAGCCCGUGGCUCACUUGGGAGUGUGGUGCUGAUAACACCAAGGCCACGGUUCGGAUCCCUAUAUAGGGAUGGCCGGUGAGCUCACUUGGGAGAGCCUGGUGCUGACAACACCAAGUCAAGGGUUAAGAUCCCCUUACUGGUCAUCUUAAAAUAAAUAAAUAAAUAAAUAUAUUAGCCCCCACUUCCACCCGUUACAAGCGGGUGCUCUUGGCAGUCUUCCUGCACACCCCGUCAGCUGGGGGUCCAUGAGCACCUCAAAGCGGGAGUCCUUAGAAGCAAGAGGGCCAGAUGCCCCUCCACACGAGUGUGGGGACAGCAGUGGGGCAAGCUCACUGCCCACUCUCAUUGUGGCAGGUGGGCUCUGGGGCGGCUCCAGUGGGCAGUGCCCUGAGUUGCAGCCGAGCCUCCACCCCUGCUCGGGCCCCUUUGAGGGCUCUCAGAACUUUGUACCUCCCCCCACUUUUUAAACCCCUUUUCUAAACAGACCUACUUUCUUAUAAAAUGCGCUUGGCAGCCAACCAGACAGACCUUUGCUACCAACACGUGUCUCUGAGUUUUGUACCAAUCCCCACCUCUCAGGCCAUCCUGCCUAGGACCCCCAGGCCACCUCCCCCAAAUGGCACCUCUGCCUCCGCACUCAGGACAUCUUGCUCUUUCUGACCGCCAGCUUCCAGUUCUUACUGCCUUUGCUGACCUUUUUGGGGGUCCCCUGUCGGUGCCACAGAGGCAUCUCCUUCCUUAAAACCAAUACUGUACUGGAAAACCAAGGUCCCAAUUCCUCUCCCACCACCUUCCCCGAGUUUGCUGUGUGGCAGGUUUGUUACUCUCGCUUGGAGACUGUAGUUUCAGAUCCAGACAAACACAUCCAUCACUCAGGAGGCAUGGAGGGAAAGGACACGUCAUGAAAGGUUUUUUUUUUAAUGUGACUUUUUUUUUAAAUCAGUGUUCAAACUAAUAAAUAUUUUUUUAUGAAGAAGAAAAUAUGUGUAAAUUGCAUUUCACGUUUUUGUUUGUGUCUGUCUGUAUCUUGGUGUUUGCAGCACCAGAGUGGAACACAGUCCAUUGUCGGGGGUGGUAUUUGGAGGGGUGGGGGCAGGGAAACCACAUGAUUUUUUGUAUCAAGCUCUGGAUCCUGACCAGGUUGUAUAUUUGGACUCUCUGGGUUUGGGGAAACAGACACUGACUGCCAGGACUCAAUAGGGACCUGACUUAAAGGACACAGCUUACUGCUUCCAACUUUGCACAUCUUCCUUUUUAAAAAAGAAAACUCUAAGAAAAUGCAAAAACUGGAACUUUUUGCAAUAUUAUGAGAGAUAAUCUUAUUUUAGCUCAUUUUGUGACACGUGCAACUCUUAAGAAAGCCAUAUUUAAUGGUGAUUUUUAUUUUUUAGAUCCUAUAUUGUGUUUUGUAUGCGACCCUUUUAGAACUACUUGUAGUGAGGGUGCUGUGUGUGUGCUUUUCUUAAAUAUUUAUUUUUUUCAACAUGCUUUCAACCUGUCAAGAAAAACAGACAAAAAAAAAAAAAAAAAAAAAAAAAGGGCAGUGUUUGAAGACUGUUGAGUUUUUUCUGGAAAUAAUCUAUAUUAUAUUGGCUUUAUAUUAAUUAUUAUAAACCUGUGCUUGUUAUUGGAGAUGUGUUUAUUAUCUGGGGGAGGAGACUUUUUGUAAUCAGUUGGUGGGAAGUCACGGCUCUGUUGUCCUGCUUCUCUGUAGCCACAGGACAGGUAAACAUUACCUUCUCUAUAGUGGGUCUCGCGGUUUCUAGUCUGCCUAGGCGUACUCUGGGCCUGCCUGCUGGUUUCCUUUCUGUGACGGGAUUAGCUUAGACAUUCUUGCAAA